CCCCGAGAAGGCGGAGCGCUGUGAGAAGCUUCGGUUGAGACUGAGGAAAAUCGGCGGGAGCCGCUGCUAGAUCACCCGCCGGCGCCUGGGCCUUUUCCGGAGCGAGCGGCAGGGGAGGUACUAUAUUCAGUUAGAUUAUCAUUUCCAGAAGUAAACAAUGAUGGCUGAGAAUCUAGACAAGUUCCUUGAAGAUCACAAAGCCAGGUUGUUACAGGACAAGGCAAAACUUGAAAAUGAUCCCCCAUACAUGGAGAUGCAGAAUAAAAGUGCAGAGAAACUUUCAAAGGCUAGUGAAUUAUUAAUCUCCAUGGCUAAAGAAAACAUCCCACCGAAUAGUCAACAUAUUGCUUUGCAUGACUAUGGCUUAAGCUUGCCUCUGGGGGAGGAUUAUGAACAUAAAAAACACAAAUUAAAGGAAGAACUUCGACAGGACUACAGGCAAUACCUUUCACAAGGUAUGUCACAGGCAAAAAGAAAGAAAAGGUAUUUAACAUCAGGUGAAGUUGACCCAUAUACUCAGGGACUUUCUCUUCCUAUUUGCGACAGAAGAUCAGCUAAGGACAGGUUAAGACUUGAAAGAAACAAGGAAUACAAUCAGUAUCUCAGGGAAAAGGAAGAAUGGAAUGAAAGGUUAAGAAGAGUAGGGAAGAAACAAAUAGAGCAUGACACAGAUAUCCAUAAGCAAAAUUUUGCUGUUAGCAGAAUCCAAUCAGAAUUAUAUGCUCCAAAUGUGUCUUUUCAAAAAGAUGAAGAAUCCAGCAAAAAAGAUGCUUAUACAUCUACAGAUACCUAUGAUGGGUUAUCAAAUAUAAGAUUAUUGUUAGACCAACAACAUAAACAAGAUAUUGAACCUGGUUUUGGGGAUUCAUUACUGAAUAAAACACUUGAUGAAAAACUGAACAUUUCCAGUCGAAAGCAAGGAAAGCCGGAUGGCAAACCGGAUAACUAUUCCCAAAGACAUCACAAGUAUGAGGAUCAUGAUCCUGAAAUAAAUGAUGAAAUGGAUCCCAGGUUUCGAUAUGAAAGUGACUAUGACAAAAAACCAUUGCGGGUCUUUCAUGCCGAAAGAAGUCAAGGAUAUUCUCCUAUCGAGCACGUACAGACUGCUGUUGAUAGAGUUCCAUAUGCCACAGGACUAAUACUUGGAAGUCAAGACAGAGACUUUGUUCAGAAAAGAAAAGAACAAUACAGGCAAGAAUUAAUAGAGCAAAUGGCUGAGCAGCAAAGAAAUAAGAGACGUGAAAAGGAGCUUGAACUCUCUGUUGCUGCAUCUGGAGUUGUAGAUCCUGAGAAAAAGCCCAACAGACUAAAAGAGUUGGGAUUAAAGCCUGAGGAGAAAAUACCACCUGAAAGGCCAAGACCAGCUUUCUAUACUCCUUCUCCUGGAAUUACUUCUGUAUCUGCACCUCCUGUGUCACCAGUGAAUGAAGAUUUCCAUAGAGGCUUGUCCAGUGCUCUUGGAGAAGUGUUGGCUCCCAGAAUUGCCCCCCUUCGCCCAUCCCAUCCACCACCAAUUUUGACUGAUAGUUAUAGAACUCCAUAUGAUGAUGCCUACUACUUCUAUGGUACCAGAAAUCCUUUGGAUCCCAGCCUCGCAUAUUAUGGUGCAGGUGGGACACAGCCUUCAUCUGCACCACCCCCUUUUGAUACUACUCAAAAACCUCCUGUGCCCAUCAGUAACAUUGGCACAAGCAUUGCAAGUACCAGACCAAAAGGUUUGGGAAUAUUUCCUGAGGAAAAACCAAAACCCACAAGAGAGGCUACCUUAGCUUAUCAGCAAGAAUUACAACAGCAGAUAAGGGAAAGAGAAGAGCGCCGUAGGCAAGAAAAGGAAGAAAAAGAACGCUAUGAAGCCAAAUUAGAAGCUGAAAUGAGAAAUUACAACCCUUGGGGAAAAGGAGGGGGCGGAGCUCCUCUCAGAGACAAAAAAGGAAAUCUUAUAACGGACUUGAAUAUUAUGCACAAGCAAAAUGAAGAUGCAUACCAUAAUCCAGAGGCACGAGUAUAUGAAGAUAAAAGAGCUAUAGUAUCUGUUGACCUAAGUUUGGCCUCACCAAGACUUGAAAAUACAGAUGAAUCUACAAAUAAAACAGCAGGCUUUACAUAUACACAAACAUCCCCUUUUGCACGGGGUAAUGUUUUUGGAGAGCACCCAAGUCCAGAACAACUAAGGAGACAAGAGUCAUAUAAGAAUUUCCUUCGUUUUCAGAUAGAGGAAAAAAGAAAAAGAGAAGAUGAAGAACGUGAAAAACGAAGGAUUGAAGAAGAAAGGGAAGAAAGAAAGUUAGCUGAGCAGAGAGCUAGAAUACAGCGAGAGUAUGAAGAGGAACUGGAAAAGAGGCGAAAGAAAGAAGAUGAGCAAAGAUUAAAAAAUGAAGAAUUAUAUAAAAUAGCUGAAGAAAGAAGAAAAGAAGCUGAAAGGAGAAAGAUAGAAGAAGAAGAAGAAAAGAAUAAACAGGAUAUUGAAACUGAAAAAUAUCUGAUUGAUGAGAAGAUUUCUAGACACCCUUCUCCUCUUAUACCAACUCUUCAGAGUAAACCAUUAGUAAAAGAAGAAAGAACACUUCUGAUGAACAGUCGCUUGUCUUAUUAUACACAAGAUGUACCCAGAGCUCAGUCCCCGCCAGUGCCAGCUAGAAGAAAUCAAUUACGUACAUAUGAAGAAAAAAAGAAUGUAAUAAAUGAACUUUCGGAGAUGAGAAAGCAGCUCCGCAGUGAAGAGCGACGACUACAGGAACAGUUGUUAAAAGUAUAUAGUGAUGAUGAUGAUGAAAUGCCAGGGAAAGGGAAAAAAGAUAAACAGAAUUUGGAUGUAUUUGAAAUGGCCAGACUCCGCAUGCAAGCUCCAGUAAGGCGACCAUCUUCAAAGGAGAUUGCUGAUCCUAUUAAUCUACAGAAUAUCCGUGAAUUUAAUGAACUUAAAUAUAAAGAUUCAGAAACACGAGUAGAAACAAGACAUUUGUAUCCUGAUCCUCCCACCAAUAAUGAUACUCUGGACAUUCAGCAGCUAGCAUUGCUAAGAGAGCAAAAAAAGAAACUUAAAAAAAUGAGGAAAAAUGCAGAAGGUUCCCUAGAUUUUGAUGAGCCGGUAUCUAGCAUUAGAUCAAGAGACAAAAGAUUGGAGGCGAUAAUGAAGAAUCAUGAGGUGAAGAUUGAGUUGGGAGAGAUUAGAGAUGCAGACUCAGAUGGAUUUAUGAAAACCUCACUCCUGGAAUCUGAGAGUGCUUUUAUUGAUACGGAUGGUGAAACUUACCCAAUUUUAGAAGAGCACAACUACAAUAUGAAUAUAACUCCUUCACCCCCUGUAUCAGCAAGAGAAAGAAGGAGAGAGAAGAAGGAUGAUGCUUUUCAUAGGGUGACUCCACCACCACAGUUGGACAACAGCUCUCUCCACUCGAAUUCUAGUCUCAAUAUAGAUCUAUUAAAAGCCAGAAAUGAAGAAAGGCUGCAAAGAUUAAAUGAACUACAUAAGGAUGCCGUUCAUAUAGCUGAUGACAUAUCAUUGGGGAAUGGUGAUGACAUCCUGAAGGAAUUACUUCCUAGAGAUGGCAGAAGACCCAGUUCGAUUGAUUCUGUGGCAACGGAGCCAUGGCUUAGACCUGGGACAUCAGAAACACUUAAAAGACUCAUGGCUGAGCAGUCAAGUCAAGCUAAACCAACUUCUGAGAAGAGCAUAACAUUCAAUUGGCAGGGGCUGUCAACUGCCCACGGCUAAAUAAAUUUGUGUUAAAGCUGUUUGUGCCUUUCAAAAGUUUCACUAUUGCACUUUUAUAUUCAUAGUUGAUUGUGUAAACAAUGCCUACUUUGUUCAAUUAUUGAUAAUUACUGAUGACCACUAAAUUUGGAAAUAUAUUAUCACAGUAAAUUUUCAUAACAGCUUCAGAGUACAGCUAAAUGUACAAUUUAGCGUACAUUUAAUGGUACUGAGGCAAAAUUUAUUUUUGGAUUAUUCUUCUUCUCUGAAAAAUUACCUCAGACUUCUGCAAGAUUGAGAAAUAUGACCUGAAUGUAAUCAAAUAAAAUACUGUGGCUUAUUGUUCUUAGACAUGUAAUAGACGUUUAGGGACUACCCAGGAUUUAAAUUCAUUGCUGCUUUACUUCUAGCCCACAAAUCUUAUCCAAUCAUUUGUUCUAAAAUGCUGAAGUGUUGUUUUAUAUGUAUAUAUGUGUGUUCAAAUGUAAAUUGUGAAUUCUACAAAUGUAUUUAUGUUCAUGACUUAAGAUGACAAAAAUUUAUAUUUUUAUCAAGAUUCUAAUGAAGUAUUUGUGAAAUGAAUAAAUUGUCUUUAAUAAUUAAAGCUCUGGAGUUUCCUU